CGCUGCUGCUGAGCGAACAUGGCGGCGGCCACAGGACCUUCGUUCUGGCUGGGGAAUGAGACCCUGAAGGUGCCCCUGGCGCUCUUCGCUCUGAACAGACAGCGCCUGUGUGAGCGGCUGCGCAAGAACCUGGCCGUGCAGGCCGGCAGUGUCGUGCUGCUGCAAGGAGGGGAGGACACGCAGCGCUACUGCACCGACACCGGCGUCCUCUUCCGCCAGGAGUCUUUCUUUCACUGGGCAUUCGGCGUCACCGACCCAGGCUGCUAUGGCACGAUUGAGGUCAGCACCGGGAAGUCCACCCUGUUUGUGCCCAGGCUUCCUGCCAGCUAUGCCACCUGGAUGGGAAAGAUCCACUCCAAGGAGUACUUCAAGGAGAAGUAUGCCGUGGAUGACGUCCAGUAUACAGACGAGAUCGCCAGUGUCCUGACGUCACAGAACCCCUCUGUCCUCCUCACUUUGCGUGGCGUCAACACGGACAGUGGCAGUAUCUGCAGGGAGGCCUCCUUCGAGGGCAUCAGCAAGUUUAAUGUCAAUAACACUAUUCUUCAUCCGGAAAUUGUGGAGUGCCGAGUCUUUAAGACGGACAUGGAGCUGGAGGUUUUGCGUUACACCAACAGAAUCUCCAGUGAGGCCCACCGGGAGGUAAUGAAGGCCGUGAAAGUGGGAAUGAAAGAAUAUGAGAUGGAGAGCCUCUUUGAGCACUACUGCUACUCCCGGGGGGGCAUGCGCCACAGCUCCUACACCUGCAUCUGUGGCAGUGGUGAGAAUUCGGCGGUGCUGCACUAUGGACACUCCGGGGCCCCCAACGACCGGACCAUCCAGGAUGGAGACAUGUGCCUGUUCGACAUGGGUGGAGAGUAUUACUGCUUCUCCUCCGACAUCACGUGCUCCUUCCCGGCCAAUGGCAAGUUCACCGCAGACCAGAAGGCCAUCUAUGAGGCGGUGCUGCGGAGCUGCCGUGCUGUCAUGAGCGCCAUGAAGCCAGGGGUGUGGUGGCCUGACCUGCACCGCCUGGCCGACCGCAUCCACCUGGAGGAGCUGACCCGCCUUGGCAUCCUGAGCGGUAGCAUUGACGCCAUGGGCCAGGCCCACCUGGGAGCCGUGUUCAUGCCUCACGGGCUCGGCCACUUCCUGGGCAUUGAUGUGCACGACGUGGGAGGCUACCCCGAGGGCGUGGAACGCAUCGAUGAGCCCGGCCUGCGGAGCCUGCGCACCACGCGGCACCUGGAGCCAGGCAUGGUGCUCACCGUGGAGCCGGGCAUUUACUUCAUCGACCACCUGCUGGACGAGGCCCUGGCCGACCCGGCCCGUGCCUGCUUCUUCAACCGCGAGGUCCUGCAGCGCUUCCGGGCAUUCGGGGGGGUCCGGAUCGAGGAGGACGUCGUGGUGACUGCUAGUGGCAUGGAACUGCUCACCUGUGUGCCCCGCACGGUGGAGGAGAUCGAAGCAUGCAUGGCAGGCAGUGACAAGGCCUUUACUCCCUUCUCUGGCGCCAAGUAGAGCCAGCUGGGAGUGCCCAGUGGGACCAGGGACCCAGCCUGGCCACCUGUCUUCACGAUGCGCAGCCUCCUGCCUGGCCCUCGAGCGGCGAGAGAUGCGUGCUCAGAAAUCCCAUGGCUGCGUCCAUGUUUGAGCUUGUGGUUUCCU